UAUCCUGGCCAAGGCAGGUGGGGGCCUGAAGGGAAAAAGAGACGGCCCAACCUACAACAGCUACUUCGGGAUAACCCACAGCAGAUCUACAAACUAGGUAUCUCUGUGGCCUGGGCUGACAAAAAUGGCUUGGAAGACUCAACCACUCAUGAUGAAGAAAUCCAAAAGGAUGACAAUAAAAAAUCACCAAAAAAUUCAGAGAAAGAAGAAAGAUGAGGACUGCGAUGUCCUCAAACUUACUAUGGUCGAAGGCCUCGGGCCGAGCAGCUGUCUCCCUGCCCAGCUCACUCAGCAGGAACACGAGGUGCAUCCUGACUCGCCCAUGUGCAAACCAUCAGGAAACACAGAUGUCGGCCCAUUCCCAGAGCUGCCUGCGACACCGAAGGGACAGGAACGUGCUGAGAGGGCAGGUAAGGCGAGCAGCAGCCGCAACUCAGGCACCACAGAGCCCUCCACCUCCUCCCCACACCUGGGGGACCACGGCGCCAGACUACUGAGCACCGCCAGUCGGCUCAAGGGGCGGGCCUUCCACUGGCUGAACCACAGCGUCCUUUCCAUGGGACGCAGGAGACAGGGCUCUGAGCAGGCCACCAGGAGCUGCCCUCAGCAGGCUCCACACAGACGUCGAUGCCUUAGAGGCAAAAAGGUCCAGCCUGACGGACCCCCUGGGCAGUUAGGACCCCGUAUGCCCACAUUUUCACGCUAUGUGCUACCCCAUCAUGAAAAAUUUGAGGAAGAUUAGUUCUUAAU